GUAAGAUUAAGCAACAGUUUGAUUGUUCCAAAGAAGAAUCUUCUACCAAGGAGCAACAUUAAAGAAUGAAAACAUUAACUUUCAUCGUGGGCCUGUUGGCUCUUAUUUCACAUUUCAUGCCCAGUGAGAGUCAAAGAGACCUCAGGCCACUCUACCCACCUGGCCGGCUGCCGCCUCCUCCACCCUACAGGCCAAGAAGGGCCCAGCCAUGUUUCCAUCCUCUCUACGGCCUAGUGCUCAAUCCGCCCCCGCCUCCUUUUCGCUUUGGCCCAGGGCGAGUUCCGCCUCCGCCCUUUCCACUGGGGCCUCCUGCACCCUUUCCAGGUUAUCCAAAUCCACCUUUCCAAUGGAGACGUUACCGUCCGAGCCCUUUUGGGCGGCCAAUACGCCCAUGCCCCCCAUUUAUUUACCUUACUUCCUCUAACCCUAAACCCCAAAUAAAAACCACCACCACCGCUACAACAAUAAUCACCUCUAAACCCAUCGCCACUGCCAGAGCACACGCCGCCCCUUCCACGGAGCCCACCACGCCUGCUGCCUCCUCAGCCAAGCCCACGACCCCCACAGCACGUACUGAAGACACUACUCAAAUUCGUACCCACACUCCCGGCACCUUGUUGCUCAGUGCCACUAUCCCAGUGACAACCCCAUACCCAACCACGGUAAACAGCACGAUCCCUCAGAGUAUUUGGGGAAAAAUCCUUGCCUUUUUUGGUUGAAGAUGCAAGAAAUGAUAUUUUCCAAACUACUCUGAGCUCUUAGAAGAAACAACCUUCAGCGAUUUCGAUGGAGCCAUCCCUGAUCUAACCAGCAUA